CUGAAAGUUAGACCUGCAUGUAUAAAUACACCCUCUGAUGAGAAGGCACAAGACAGUAAAGAUAGUUUUGUUAUUCUUCUUAUUACUGUUUAAUCGACACACGAUUGCAAAUGGGGGCAAGGAAAUCAAAACCAUCUGGAGUACUGGAUGAAGCAUGGAGGAUAUUUGACUGGGGACAGAAGGAAGUACUGAAAGACCGUCUAGAAAAGUUUACUCUGAGUAAUCCAGAUGUGACAAAGAUCAAGAUCCUGGUGGCUGGACAAAUUGGAGCAGGGAAGUCCAGCUUUAUUAACUCUGUCCUUAGUGUCUUUCAAGGAGAAAUUGUUAAUGAAGCACUAGCUGAUACUUCAUCGUCAGGCGCCUGUCGCAGUUUCACAAAAAGACUGAGAGCAUACCGCAUCAGAAGUGCAGAUGCAGAUUUGCCUUAUGAAUUCUGUGACAUAAAAGGUUUAGAACCUGAAAAAAUAUCUGAGUGUCAACCAGAUGACAUUGUCAAAACCAUAUAUGGACAUGUGAAGGAGGGAUAUAAAUUUGAAGAAAAAUCCCUCACUAGUGACGAUGAUCAUUACAUACAAAACCCUUCACUGUCUGAUCAAGCCUUCUGCGUAGUUUACGUCAUAGAUGCAAAUACAAUCCAUCUCGCUGCAGAUGAUAAGAUAAUCACAGAGAAAUUGAAGCUCAUUCGCCAGGCCAUCAGUGAUAAAGGGAUUCCUCAAGUGAUUGUCAUGACUAAAGUGGAUGAAGCAUGUCCUCUGGUCAAUAAUGAUCUAAAGAUGGUCUACAGAAGCGAGAAGAUCAAAAAGAAGAUGGAGUUGUGCAGUGCCAAAGUGGGUGUUCCAAUGAGCUACAUCUUCCCAGUGAAGAACUAUCAUAAUGAGAUUGACACAAAUGAUGAUGUUGAUGUUUUGAUUCUCAAGGCAUUAGAUCAGAUUGUGCGUUCUGCUGAUGCAAGACAGAGGCGUGGUGCUUCUAAUGAAUGAGUUUUGGGGACAAAAACCAACAUUAAUAACAUUUAGAAUUUAAUGAAUAUUAAAUGGCCAAAAGUAUAUCAUCAUCUGAAUUAAGACACAUUCCAUGUGCAACAGGUUAUGUACAGGUUAUAGCCAACAUUUGAUAAUGAUAAAAGUGACCCACACAUACACACAGUAUUAGAAAUUGCUACACAAAUUAGUUUUCAUCUUGAUUGACUUGAACACGAGCUCAACAACAAAAAAUUCAAAAUGUGCGUGCGUGUGUGUGUGUGUGUGUGUGUGUGUAAUUAUGUAAUGAACAAAAAAAAGCUCAAAACGUUUUUCUAAAUUAACUUAUGAAAUAUAAUCAUUAUGUCAUUACAUACAAAACUGAACUUUUUUAAUAGCUUAAAGGAACAGGGAAAUAGGCUCGGGGUUGGUAAUUCUGAUAAGCUGUCGGACACGGGCCGGGCUCGGGUCUGAUCGUCUCGGGCCAGGGCUCGGGCCUAAAUAUGAAGCCUGUGCAUGGCUCUACUUCUCAUUAUUUCCCUACAGUGGCUAAUGAACUGGAAGUCUCACACAUUUACAGAAAACUAUUUACUUCUGCGUUGAAAAAAAUCUGGAUUUAGGUAAUAACUGCCUAACGUGCUCAUCAUGCAAAACACGCAACGUUCUUAAAGGGACAUCCUUUUACAUAGGCAAAGGAAAAUGUAAUGUAUGUGUUAUCGCAGUUUGCCUUAUUUGUGUUAUGUGCAUACUCUCAUUAUUCUUUCAAAGUAAAGACAAUUCUCAGGAAGGCAUCACAGCAGCACUCUUUAACUUUAUUCUACUUCUUUUUGGGGGAGU